CUGCAGAGAUGAGCCCAUGGAGCGGGGGUCCGUCCCCCUGGACAUCGACAACAUCCACAUCCUGCUACAAGUGGAGCAGGAGCAGAUCCAGAAGAGGACGUUCACCAACUGGGUCAACGCUCAGCUAGCAAAGGUGAGACCCCCCUCUCUGGUCACUGAUCUGUUCAAUGAUCUCCGUGAUGGCUCUAAACUGUUGGACCUUCUGGAGGUGAUGAGCGGACAAAUCAUUGUGCGGGAGCGAGGUCAGGGAAUGUUCCAGCACAGGAGUAACAUUGAGAAAGCUCUGGCCUUCCUCAAGAAGAAAUCGAUCAAACUGGUCAACAUCAACAUUCCCGACAUCACCAGCGGAAAGCCGUCCAUCAUCCUGGGCCUCGUCUGGACCAUCAUCCUCCAGUACCACAUCGAGGAGCUGGCCAGCGGCCUGUCCUUCGACUCCCGUCAGUCGUCCAUGGAGUCUCUGUCCAGCCUGGACACGCGCUCGUCGUUGUCCAGCCGCUCAGCCGGCAGCAGCCCGCUGCCCCCCCGGGGCUCGCCGCUACACACCCGCUUCCGGGUGUCCGCCAAGAAGGCCCUGCUGCUGUGGGUUCGGGAGCAGUGCCACAAAGCCGGAUGCACGGUGAACGUGAGGGACUUUAAGUCCAGCUGGCGAAGCGGCGUGGUCUUCCUGGCCGUCCUGUACGCUCUGCGGCCCGACCUGGUGGAUCUGUCCAAGGCCAGGACCAGGAGCAACCGGCAGAACCUGGAGGAGGCGUUCCGCAUCGCCGAGAGGGAGCUGAGGAUCCCCCGGCUGCUGGAGCCCGACGAUGUGGAUGUUCGAGACCCGGAUGAGAAAUCCAUCAUGACCUACGUGGCCCAGUUCCUGCAGUACUCCAGAGACCUGCCGAUGAGCGAGGACGAGCCGCAGGUCAGUACUCUGAGUCCUUCUAUAACUCCUUCUCCUGUCAACCUGCCCGUCCACUACACACCUGCUAUCUCUGCUUCGCCUCUCCGACAGGUGACUCCGGACCGUAAAGCCCAGGAAGUGACCUGCUGGCUGCUUCAUGCCUACCAGGAGCUGCUGGAGGGCUGGGACUCCACGCAGGGAGAGAGUUACUCUGAGAGAUACCACGUGUUUCAGACCUUCCUGGUGUCCUUUAACGAGCAGCGCCGUCCCAUCAUGCCUCUGCUCACCGCCAUGAGACGAACGGCCAAGCUGAGCGAGGAGCAGCGAGCGCUGCGGGAGGCCUGGGACAACCUCACCGAGAAGCUGCGUGAGUACAGAGUAGAGCUGGAUGUGAGUCUGCCGCCCCCCCUGAACACGGUGGCCCGCUGGCUGAUGAAGACCGAGGGGGCUCUGUCAGAGGAGGAGGGGGAUCCUGAAGACCACGGAAGAGCCGCAGACCAGGCCAGAGAGAAGCAGGAGCUGCUCCGAGUCUGUCUGGAACAGAUGCCGCAGCAUCUGAAGACGUUCCAGAGCUUCCAGAACCAGGACGAGUACGGGAACAUGCUGGUUCCCUCCGAGAAGAUGGACGAGCUGAAGAGGAGAUUCACAAGUGUGAGAGUGACGGCCAAGUACCACGGCAUCAAACUGGAGUACCGGGAGCACCGCCACAGCGUGCUGGAUGUGUUGGGGCAGAUCCGGACCAAGCUCCGUGUUUGGAAGCGGCCUUACCUCUCUCCAGAGGCUGUCAGGGUGUUGCUGCAUGAGUGGCAGGAGCUGGUGAACCGACAGGAGCUGCCCACUCUGCUGGAAGCCGCGCUCCGCAAGUUGAAGCAGAUCUCUGAGAAGUACUCCAGUAAAUCGGCGCUGGCUGGAGAUUACCACCAGGUGAGCGAGCAGGUGAAGCAGCUGGAGGAGGACAGCGCCGCCGCUCUGGAGGAGGUGACGGAGGUGAAGGGCACCAUGGGAAGGGUCCUGUCCGCCUGGGACUCGUACACAGACUGCCUGAGCUCCCUGCAGGCCUGGCUCGCUCAGGGUGCUGCAGCGCUGAGCCACGAGCGACGGGCAGAGGUUUCGUCAGAGUCCAUGUCCGAGUGGGGCUCCCGCCGGGACCACCUCAACGAGACGGGCCGCUUCCUGAUGGAGGUCACCGACCCUCAGACCGCCCACGGCCUGGCCGAGGAGCUGCGCAGAGUCAACCUGCAGUGGGCGGAGUUCGUCCAGAGGAACGUAACCCCAGCUCAGGACCUGCAGGCUCUGAUCCGAGAGGCCACUCUGCUCCUCAAAGAGCCGGUGGAGACCGUGGCAGCUCCUCUGCGCGCCUACAGGAAGAGAUUACAGGGGGGUGGAAUCUUCAUCAUGAUGAGGAUCAGAGAGGUGGAUCUGGAGGCUCUGGCUCCUUCUCCAGACUGCACUGCAGACCAGCUGCAGAAACUGAAGCUGGCAAUACCUGAAGUGAUGCAGACCCUGUUCGAGUCGGAGCAGGUGUGUGCAGAGCUGCAGCACAGCGUGUCGGGCCUGGACAGCCGGCUGGCUGAGCUGCUGCACUGGGAGUCCGAGGCCCGGGAGCUGUACCAGCUGCUGAGGGCCUCAGACCCAAAACACAAGGGCCAGGACCCCCGAGCCCGGGUAAGACCGUCCUCCGAGCACCGGGGUCUCCAGCUGGAGGGCCAGGUGGUCACAGAGGAGCAGGACCUCCAGGUGACGGUCAUGACCAGUCAGAAGAAUUCCCCGCUCCAGUACCUCCAGGCCUCCGCCACAGACCGGGUCCGAGCUGCCGUGGCCCAGUCACAGGAAGUAGUGGGUUUGCUGAGCCUGGGAGCCAGAAGAGAUCGAAGCAGAAGUCCCCCAGAGGCAAGUCCUCCGUCAAAGGUCUUCAUCCAGGAGAAAGAAAAUCCUGGACAGAAGAAACCAGAGAUGUUUGUGCCAAGAAUAGUAGUGCAGGACGAGAGAGGAGAGAAGACGAGCUCCCCGGUGUCUCCUCAGAUGCCGUACAGCUACGGCAGAAGCAGUGACUCACAUGAGGACGAAGACCGAUACUGGAGCAGCAGGUACUGCAACAAGGGCCAAGCAUGGAGGUGGAAACAGAGCCAAGACAACAACAACAGCAAGAAGGUCAAACAGGAACGGCAACUACAAGAAUCACAGCAACCAGAGUCCACGCCAACACAGCAACAAUCGACCCGGCUGGAGCAGGAACAACACAAGGUGGAGCAGCAGCCCGCAGAGAAGAAAACACCUCUGAGUUCACAGGAGCUGCAAAGCAGGAAGACUCAGGCCAUGAAGAAUCGUCCCUGGCUUCAGAAAGCAGGACAACAACAAACACAACCCUGCAGGUCCAGCUCAGACUGCACAGACACAAGGGCCCAGCAGCAAAGAGACACAAGAAAACCUCAGAAGUCAACAAAGCAGCAGCAAGAACAACAACAAGAACGUCCACAGCAACAACAGAAGCAACAAGAACAACAACAAGAACGUCCACUGCAACAGCAGAAGCAACAAGAACAAGAAACACGUACACAGAAACAACAGAAGCAACAACAACGUCCCCACCUCCACUUCCGGGUCAAAUGCAGCCUCUCGGUACCGUCCCAUGUUCAGCUGCGCACUCAUCCACAGUCUUGGUCUCCGGUUAGACCUCCAUCCCCGAAGCCACCAACACAAACCCAGACCCAAACCCAUGCACCGGCAGGAGUUUAUCCUCAAACCCCCAACCAAUCAGGGGCCCAGGGUCAACCUCAGCCGAAGACCUACCCUCAAAACUCCAGCUCAGCCAAUGACCAGGCCAGCUCAGACCCAACCUCUGAUCCGCAUCAAGCACCACCCACAGUCCAACAUCAGGGGCAGCCCAUGGCUCAGUAUCCUCCCCAUGCUCAGGCUCCCGUCCAGCAGCAAGGCCUCGGCCCCCCGGGACAAAUGCAGGCUUGGACUAAAGUGAGAGGCUCAUCCCCGCUGCCUCCAGUCCAGAAUCCACAGGCUCACCCCCAGGCUUACCCCCAGGGGUUCCCCCAAACCACCCCCAAACCCACCCCCAGGCUCACCCCCAGACUCACCCCCAAACCCACCCCCAGGCUCACCCCCAAACUCACCCCCAAGCUUACCCCCAAACCCACCCCCAGGCUCACCCGCAAACUCGCCCCCAAGCUCACCCCCAAACUCACCCCCAGGCUCACCCGCAAACUCACCCCCAGGACUACCCUCAAGCUCUGUCCCCGUCACAACAGUGGACAGAAAACCAACCUCUUCCUCAGCAGAGACGUCCUGGCCCCCAACCAUAUCCUCAACAAAUGGCUCCAGCUCCACAAGGCCCACCUUAUCCAACAGUCCAGGCUGCACCACAGUGGACCCAGCCGGGUUCCCAGAUGGGUCCCCAUGGCACAGUCACCACCUCCUCUCAAGUCUGAGCCCACGCCCCUGUCCAAGGCCGGGAAUCAAGCCCAACCAAACCUCCCAGGCCAGACUCGUCAGCCCCAGGACCGUCCAGAUGCCCAGAUCAGCGUGUUGUCUGAGGUCCAGGAUGAGUCCCCCGAGCUCUGCAUCAAGCCUCUGACUCUGGCUCAGGCCCCUCCCCAGACGUACACCGAGGCCUACGCCAAGGCUCAGGCUCUGGCCAGGAACGGCUUCGAGGAGGCCAAACACUGCCUUCAGGCGCACAUCCUGGAAGCCAUCAGCGUCCUCAAAGACAAGUCUGUGUUCUCCGACCAAGCCUCGCUGAAAGAGGAGACUUUGAGGACUCUGGAUCCAGAGCUGCUGGAGGAGUUCUUGCGAGCAGCCAAAGGCAUGGAGGCCUUCUGUACCCCCUCCCAGCUCAGAGACAUGGAGUUCUUCACCCAGUCUGUCAGGGCGCAGUGGGAGGCCUGCUUCUCCAGGGACUUCUCGGAGGCCGAGCAGCACCUGGAGGCCUUGAAGGAGCUGUGCGACACCCUGAGCCCCGAAGACGCUCACCGCCUGGCCCAGACGCAGCUGCGCGAGUGCGAAAAGAGGCUGGCUGCCAUCCAGAGGCAGUUCAGCGGAGACCAGGAGGCCGCCGAGUCCAGGAUUUCUCUGGCCUUUGGUGAAGACGCUUCCAAACCGAAGGAGCCAAUAAAAGCCGAGGUUUCUGUGAGGACGUCGACUGUGGAACAACAACCUCCUGCAGACGAAGAAACCUCCAAGAAAGACUCUUUAGAAAAAUAUGAGACCUGGAAGCGGAACCUGCAGGCUCAGCUGCUGAAGAACGAGCAGAGCAUCUCCGAGGUGCCGUCUGACUCGGUGUCUCUGAAGGGCCUGCACAGCCGGCUGCAGGAGAUCCAGAGUCUAAGGCAGGAGACCGAGUCCCUGUGGUCGGACUUCGCCCUGCUCGGCGCCCCGCCCGCGGACCCGGAGAGGGCGGAGCUUCGGGAGCGGUGGCGGCAGCAGCAGUCCAGCCUGCAGAGGCGGGGCGGCUCGCUGGGCGCCGCCCUGCGCCAGAUCGACUCCACCGAGAACCACAUGGUGGACUUCAGCGAGCGGCUGGACCGCUACCUGAGACAGCCCAAGGACGUGACGGCCUUCGCCCUGGCCAACAGCAACAUCCUCCGAGACAUCAAGGAGCUGGAUGAUGACAUCCAGAGCGAGCUGGACCAGCUGUCCCGGUUGGACCCGGAGUCCAGCGAUCUGGACCCCCGGGAGUGUCUCCCCCUGCGGAGGGAGGUCCAGAGCCACCGGGCCAGCCUGGACCAGCUGGGCCAGCAGGUCCGGAAGAGCGAGGCGGCGGCCCGGGCCCUGGACCGCUUCUCAUGUCGCUGCGCACCCUGGACGAGAAUCUCGGCCACGCAGGGCGACGAGCCCGCCGCGCCCCUGGACCGCCGCUCCAAGAUGGCCGCCAUCAGGCAGAGCGUGGACAGCCUGAAGGAGAAGGCCCCCCAGCUGGACCUGCUUCUGCAGGGGGCCCGGCUCACCGUCACCCGGGACGGGGCUCCGGCGUCCUGCCUGGACAUGGUGACCCUGCUGAGGAGGCUGGACGAGGCCGACGGGGGUCCGGCCGGGGACAGGAGCAGACCUCCUGGUUCGAAGAAGCUGGAGGAGGCAGAGACAAGCAGAACUCCUGGUCUGAGGAGCAGAGCCACCCUGAUGGAGCUCCGGAAGCUGCAGAGCAGCAUCGAGGGGCGGAGCCUCCAGGAGCCGUCCAUCCCCGCCGUGCAGCACAGACUGCGAGAUCUGGCCGAUCUGGAGCUGCAGCUGCAGGCGCAGCACUCGGAGAUCCAGAAGCUGCGAGAGCUCCGGGAGGGAGACGGCUCGGAGGACGGCGUCUGGGAGGAGGUGGAGAGCGAGUGGAAGAAGACCCAGAAGAUGUUCUUCCACAGGAAGAAUCAGUGCAACACUCUGCUGGAGCUGCUCAAGAAGUUCCAGACGUGCCGCUCGCAGCUCAGCAACUCCAUCCAGAAGGCGGAGAGCACCGUCAGCCAGCAGGCGUCCUACAUGGGGAGGGACAACCUGCAGCGCACCAUCAGCAAGGCUGCAGACAUCAGGCAGGAGCUGUCGGGCCUCGGGCCUCAGAUGGAGGAGUUGAGGAGCGUCAGCCGGCAGCUGCAGUCGGAACUGAAGGAUCUGAGCGACUGCAGCAGCUCGUCCUUCGAGGGAGAAACGGACAGUCUGAUGGACGGAUGGCUGGACGUGACUGAGAAGACGGACACGUACAUGGACAACCUGCGGGUGGCGCUGGAGCUGUGGGACAAGCAGCUGAUGCUGGGCGCAGAGGUGGAGGCCUGGGCCGCGCUCAAACUCACUCAGUUCGCCGAAGGGAAUCCUUUCCACGACCAGCAGCAGGUUCUGGACAUGAGGGAUGAGAUCAACGCGAACCAGGAGAACGUGGCUCAUUUCCACAGGAAGUCUGAGGAGAUCCAGAAGAUGCUGCAGAGUCAGGAGGCUCCCCUGGAGCUGCAGGUGAUGGAGAGCCAGCUGCGGAAGCGUCUGGACCAGGUGGAGGAGCUUUUCUCCGACUGCACCGACGUGUUCGAGGAGCUCCUGGCCGUGAAGAAACACAUUUCCGAGCAGAUGGAGGAGUGUCGCACGGCCACGGAGAGCCUGCAGAGCGGCAUCGCCGCCGUGGACGCCGCCGGGCCCGGGUUCGAAUCCCUCAUCCAGGAGCUGAGCGAGGACCUGCAGGCCCAGGAGCAGCAGGCGCAGGCCGUGCUGAAGGAGGUGUCCCUGGUGUCCCGGGUGGCCAGCCCGCCGCUGCAGCAGGCGCUGGAGGCCGACUGCAGCCGGCUGAAGGACGCCCUCCCACGCACCCGAGACCUGCUCCACCUGAAGAGGGAGGAGAGGGACAAGGGCCUGCUCAAGGUCGUCCAAGACGAGAAGCAGUCCUUUGAAAAAUGGUUCCAGGACCUGCAGCUCUCCGUCAACGAGUGCUUCGAGAACCCCGAGAGCAGGAGCGACGUGGAAGCGUCGGUACAGCGGCUGACUAGCUUCCUGAAGUCGGAGGAGGCGGAGCGCCGCCUGCAGCAGCUCAGAGACCAGCUGCAGAGAGGCGGGGGGCAGCUUCCCCCCCAGCAGGCCUCCGAGCUGAGAGACUGGCUGCAGGAGCAGCAGCGGGAGGUGGAGACCUUCAGAACGCACUGCAGGAGCAGGCAGCAGCAGGCGGAGGAGCUGCUCCGAGACCUGGACAGCCUGCAGAAGCAUCACGACCGCUUCAGCGAAUGGCUUCAGAAGAAAGAGAAACAGUCUGCAGGAGGCCGGGACGUGACCGGACUUCUGAAGGAGCUUCAGGAGGAGAGCGGCACAGCGGACGAGCUCGGCCAGCUGCUGGCGUCGGUGCGCCGGCGAGGCGUCCGAGGAGAAAGCCUCCUGAAGGACGGAGACAACCUGAUCCAGCGCUACAGGAACCUGCAGAGCCAGGCCCGGGCCCAGAGCGCCCUGCAGGGGCAGUGCAGCGACUUCCAGAGCCAGGCCCAGACCACCAGGACCUGGAUCAGCCAGCGGGGGGGCGCCCUGCUGGACCCCCAGACCAGCACCCGGGACAGGAAGGAGCCAGCCCAGGCGGUUCUGGACUCCAGACCGGAGGCGGAGCUUCAGCUGCAGGAUCUCCGGCAGCGAGCCGAGCGUCUGUGCGAGCAGGAGGAUCUGAACCGGGACCAGAGAGAGGAGGUGGAGGAGACGCUCCGGGAGCUGGACGCUCAGUGGAAGCAGGUUCUGCGGGCCGCGGAGGAGGCUCGGGUUCAGGCCGAGGCUGAGGCCGACGGCCAGGAGAAGCUGGAGCAGCUCCGGAGGCGGAGCGAAGACCUGCAGCAGUGGAUCAGGCAGCAGAGGCAACAGCUGCUGGAUCCUCACAGUCAGAGCUCUCUGGAGGAGCAGCUGCAGGGGGUCCAGGCCGUCCUGUCCUGUAAACCCGAGGCGGACUCGAAGCUGCAGCGCCUGCAGGACCAGGGUCAGGACCAGUGGAGAGCGGCGCUCCAGGCGGCCGGCCAGGCCGAGCUCCGGGCCCUGUGGGACGACUUCCAGGCCCAGAGCCAGGACAGCGAGGCCUGGAUCGGCGAGCGGCGGCGGCGGCUGCAGGGCGCCGGAGACGCCCCGGAGCAGCGCAGCGGCGCAGCUCAGGCCGUCCUCGGCUCCAGGCCCGACGGAGACCGAAGGGUCAACAACCUGAGGAGGCGGGGCCAGACCGUCUGCGACCUCCCGGACCUGGACGCCGACCGGAGGGCCCGGAUCCAGCAGACGGUGCGGGACACGGAGGACAGGUGGAAGACGCUGCUGCAGGACGCCAAACUCUGCGAGGACGAGGCCCGGGCGCAGCUGGACCAGCAGGCCAGCAGCAGGGCGGCUCAGCUGAGAGAGUUUGACGCCCAUCAUCAGGACACCGACCGCUGGCUGAGCGACCUCCGACAGCAGCUGGACUCGCUGAGCGACCGAACCGGAGCCGAGGAGCGGCUGAGAGCGGCUCAGAACGUUCUGAGCUCCAAACCUGAAGGAGACUCCAGAGUCCAGAGGCUGAAGAGCCAGAGCCAGAGCCUGAGCUCUGAGGACCUGGAGGAGAGCAAGAGGAAGGAGCUGGAGCGGAAGGUGGCGGAGGCCGAGGAGCGCUGGAGCAAAGCGCUGCAGGACGGCAGGGCAGCGCUGGAACGUGCACAGCGACAGAGGGCCGUGCACGAGCAGCAGGAGGAGUUCCAGGCCCAGAGGGAGAGCAGCAGAGCCUGGCUGCAGGAGAAGCUGCAGAGUCUGCAGGAGGUGGAGAGCAGCUCGGACCCUCAGAGGAGCAUCAGGACCGCCCAGGCCGUCCUCAGCUGCAGACCGGACGCAGACUGCAGGCUGAGCGAGCUGCGCAGACUCGGGAACAGUCUGUGUGAGCAGCCGGAGGUGCAGGAGGAGGUCCGGCAGGAGGUCCAGCAGCAGGUCCAGGACUGGGAGGAGCAGUGGGAGUCCGUCCGGAAGGCCGCCGAGGACGCCAUGAAGAAGGCCGAGCUGCAGUAUUCUCUCCAGAGGGAGCUGGAGGCCUUCGACACGCACAACGAGAACACCAGAACCUGGAUCCAGGACCUGCAGAACCAGGCCCAGACCCUGGAGGGGGGCAGCAGGGGCAGCAAGGCUCAGAUCGAGGCCAGACUGAAUACUGCUCAGGACAUUCUGGACUCGACGUCGCUCACCGAGUCUCGUCUGGCGGAGCUUGCGAGUCGAGCUCAGAGUCUGUGUGAGAACGAGGAGCUGCAGGCGGAGCGGCGGGAGGAGGUGCGGAGCGCUGCGAGCCGCUCGGAGUGGCGCUGGAAGGAGAUCCGGCGGGCCGCCGAGGAGGCGCACGGCGCGCUGCGGCCCGUCCUGGACCGCCUGGAGUCCUGCCGGCGGGACCGGGAUCGAACCGGGGAGCGUCUCUCGGAGCUGCAGAAGGAGGCGUCGGAGCUGCCGCUCCUCUUCCCCUGGCCCGGCCUCGGGGAGCGCCGGCAGGCCGUGGAGCGGGCCCGGACCCUGCAGGACCAGAUCACCGCCAUGGCCCCCGUCCUCAAAGGCCUGAACGCUCAGGCUGCCGAGCUUUUCGAGCUGACCCAGGACCAGAGCUGGUUGGAUCCGUCCUGGUCCCAGAAGGAGGAGGAGAUCCCGGCUCUGCUCGGCCAGCUGACGGGUGUGGUGGGCGAGCUGGAGCGGGGCAUCCAGGCGGAACGGCAGUGCACUCAGCUGGUGGAGCAGCACGAGGCGGCUCAGGACUGGCUGAGGGACCAGGUCAAAGGGCUCGGACCGCCUCCGGAAGACCAGCAGGGUCUGCACAACGCUGCCAACACCCUGAAGGCCCUGCUGCAGACGGUGGACCGGGAGCAGAGGGAGAUGAAGGAUCUGGACGCCUCCAGAGACCUCCUGCUGAGCCUCUGCACUCCGGGCGGCCGUGACGCUCUGACGCUGGAGGUGGGCCAGCUGCACCACCUGUGCGCCUCCUCUGAGCAGGAGGUGAAGGAGCGCCUGGCGGCCUGCGAGGCCCGGCUGGCCGAGCUGGACGAGCGCGCCGGGCGGCGUGCCGAGGCGGCCAGGGAGCGCGGGGCAGCGCUGCAGUGGGAGCUGCGCUCUCUGGACCAGGCACUCAGCUACAGCGAGCCUCGAGACAACGUGGACCAGCUGCAGCAGCACUGGAACAGCCUGCAGAAGUGUGAGAAGUCUCUGGAAGAUUUGGGCAGGAAGGUUUCCGACCUGCAGCAGGACGUCACGUCCAGGCCGGCGGCCGAGGAGCUCCCCGCAGACGUGCUGAACACGGUGGAGUCUCUGAGCCAGCAGCACGCCAGCCUGACGUCCAGACUGAGAGACCACCAGAGCACCUGCUCCAGAAACACAGCCAGCUGCCUGAACGACAGUCUGGAGGCCCUGCAGAGGUGGAACCGCGGAGAACCGGCCCAGUCCACUGCUUCUGCUCAGGUGAAAUUGGAGGAAGGUGAGAAAUUGCGGUCCAGCCUGCAGGAGGCGCUGUCCCACCAGCAGUUCCUUAAAGACUGUCUGUCUCCGGAGCUGUUGGAGAAGCUGCUGAAGGACGGUUCAGAGACACUCAAAGAAACGGAGACGCAGAAAGCUUCUAUAAAUCAGAGCCUGAAGGAUCUCGACCAGAGGAGUAAACGGAAGCUGCCGGACACUGAGUCCGCUGAUGUUAUUCCCGGAAAACUGGAGGUGACAAAGAGCUCCAUGGUGGCUCCACCGAGAAAAAGCAGGCGCUCACCUGAGAAGAAGCCUCAAGUCCAGACAGAAACCGAGACCAAAGCUCAGAAAGCUGCUGUGAAGGACACAAAGAGUGCUGUGGAGAAACCCGGAGCCAGACCGAGCAAACCAGGAGAGGUUCAACCACCUAAACGGAAGGCACCGAGUCCGAACCUUCCUCUCAAGCUUGCUGAUGGCCAAAAAGAACAAACGAAGAAAGAACCUGAAAGUUCAGCUGUGGUAGAAACAACCGUUGUUCCAGCAAGAAGAAAGUCGAGAACUGCAGAGCCUACCACACCUUCACAAGAAACUAUUGGUAGACGAGCCACCGAACCCAAUGUUGUGGUCAAAGGGAACCUUUCACCUACUAAAAGAAAGUCAAAAGUGGUUAAAUGUGUCCCAGAAUCUUCUGCAGUAGAAGUCACAAAGUCCAAGGGAGAGCCUAAAGAUCUAAAACCAUCUCCAACUACCGAAAUAUCUCCAGAAGCAACUGAAAAAGGAAGCCUUUCACCAACCAAGAGAAAGCCAAAGGAAGGGCAGCCAGGUAAUGCAGAGACAGGGACUGCAGAGGAUUGGAUGUGGAAACCAGCAGCAGUGAUUAGCCUGGAAACCAUGAACAGUACUAAUGCUACACCUGGAGAGGUGCAAAACCUUGACAUGGAUGUGUUAGAUGGGGCACCUCGGAGACUGGAUGAAAGGCAUGUCAGACCUGAAUCCUACAUUCCAGCAGAGACGACAGUGACAGAGAUAAGUGUGUUUGAGAAUGACAGUGAUCAACCAGAGGCAAUCAUUAUUCUGGAAGAUGUGGGAACCAGAGAGGAUGGAGAGAAAAUCAGCCUGAAAGAAGAGUCCAAUGUCUCCUCUGAAGUCAAGCUUGAUGCUUCACCUGAAAGUCAGACUGAAAAGUUUGUCACGAAGGAGAAAAUCUCCAAGAAAGCUGAAGUACAAAUUCCAGAAAAGGGUACAGCUGCCAAAAAGAGUUUGUCUGAGAAAGAGACUAUAAAACCAGAAGCAGUAAUUAUGGUAGAAUCUGUGGAACCUGAAGAAAAGAUACCAGCAGAGUCCAAAAUUUCAGAUGUAAGUCUGUCAAAAAAAGAGUCUGAUAAACCUGAAGCGGUAAUUAGUGUUGAGUCUGCAAGACAGUGUGAAGCCAAGCCAAAAGAAGGUGUCAAAGUCUCCAGUGAAGAUGUUCUACAAGGUGCCCCUCAAAGUUCAGACACAACAGUUGCAGAAAUUAGUGUUUCUGGAAAAACCACAGUGAAUCCAGUCAUCAUAUUAGAAUCAACUGGAGGCACCGAGGCCAGACCGAAAAAGGCCACAGACAUCAGGAUAAAAGAAGACCCCAAAAUUUCUUCAAAGGAUGAGGCUGAUACUUCCCCUCAAAGCCGAGACAAAAAGUAUGUCACAAAGGAGAAAAUGUCCAGGAAGGCUGAAGGACAACUUCCAGAAAAGAUGACAGCUGCAGAAAAGAAAGAGGCUGUCAAGCCAGAAGCAGCAAUUAUGAUGGAAUCUAUGGGAACCAGAGAGACCAGACCUGAAGGAUCCAAAGAUUCCAGCCCAAAAGAACUUGCUAAAGCCUCCAUCAAAGAUGUAAUUGAUGGUGCAAAGGCACCUGAAGUAAAGAUAUCAGCAUUGUCAGGAAGUGCAGGUGUAAGUCCAUCAAAGAAAGGUUCUGAUAAACCAGGAGCAGUAGUUAGUGUUGAGUCUGCAACAGAAGCCAAACCAAAAGAAGGUGUCAAAGUCUCCAAUGAAGCUGUUCUUAAAGGCACCCCUCAAAGUUCAGAGACAACAACUGCAGAAAUAAGUGUGUCUGGAAAACCUCAAGUAAAGCCAGUCACAGUCAUCGCAUCAGAAUCAACUGGGCGGACCGAAGCUAGACCUAAAGUGGCCAAAGAGAGCAGGAUAACAAAAAAACCUAAAGUUUCUUCAACGGAAGAGUCCGGUACAUCAUCUCAAUACCAAGAUCCCAAAGAGAAAAAAGAUUUAACUGUCACAGAAACAGCAAAGGUGUUAACUACAGAAAUCAUUGAUGGUGCAAUCAAGCAACUGGAGGAAAACUCUGAUACAACUGAGAAGAUCCCCAAAUCACCUGAAGGAGAUGCCGAAGCUGUGGUUAAAGGUGAGCGUGUGAAACGUCCUCUGGUUCAGCCUGAAGAGGCAAAAGUUUCCAAAGUCUCCACAAAAGGUGAGCCUGAAAUCGCACCACUCCUUGAAAAGUCUGUUGCAGUUGAGAAAAGCUCCAAGAAGCCUGAAGCAGAAAUCAGCUCAUCUGAGAAAGACUCUUCAAGACCAGAGACGGUAAUUACACAAGAGGACUUGAAACCUCCAGAGGCCGAAGCUGUUGUCAAGAAAGAAAAGGUUUCAUCAAGUAAGAGAAAGCCACAAGGUCCCAAAGGUUCUCCAAAACCUUCUACAAGUGAUCUGGCAAAGACCAGUGAGGAAGAUGUAUCUGACAAGAUCUCAGAACCAAUCAGUGCUGAAAGUUUGGGUGAAAAGAUUGUGACAACUGAGAGAGUUCCCAAGACUUCAAAGGCAAAAGAAAAAACUGUUGAAUACAUUAAACAUCCUGCAGCUCCUCCCGAAGAGCUCAAAGAGUUCACCUUGAAAGAAGGUACAGAAGUCCCAACAGCAGAUGUGCUUGAUAGUUCAGCCAACGAAAAGUUUGUCACUGAGAAGAAAAUCCCCAAAGCACCAGAAGUACGUAUCAUCCAGCUGGACAUGCCGAGCACUGCAGAAGAGACUGGUGGAGACUUGAUGAGAGUGAUCAAUGUGCCUCAGACGAGUGAUACUGGAGUGGAAGCGCACAUCAGCAUUGAAAGCAAAGACGAAGCAUGUUUGAGUGAAUCCGCUCAACCGGUGUCAACUUUCUUUGCAGAAGGGCAGCCAGGUAAUACAGAGACAGGGACUGCAGAGGAUUGGAUGUGGAAACCAGCAGCAGUGAUUAGCCUGGAAAUCAUGAACAGUACUAAUGCUACACCUGGAGAGGUGCAAAACCUUGACAUGGAUGUGUUAGAUGGGGCACCUCGGAGACUGGAUGAAAGGCAUGUCAGAGCUGAAUCCUACAUUCCAGCAGAGACGACAGUGACAGAGAUAAGUGUGUUUGAGAAUGACAGUGAUCAACCAGAGGCAAUCAUUAUUCUGGAAGAUGUGGGAACCAGAGAGGAUGGAGAGAAAAUCAGCCUGAAAGAAGAUUCCAAUGUCUCCUCUGAAGUCAAGCUUGAUGCUUCAUCUGAAAGUCAGACUGAAAAGUUUGUCACGAAGGAGAAAAUCUCCAAGAAAGCUGAAGUACAAAUUCCAGAAAAGGGUACAGCUGCCAAAAAGAGUUUGUCUGAGAAAGAGACUAUAAAACCAGAAGCAGUAAUUAUGGUAGAAUCUGUGGAACCUGAAGAAAAGAUACCAGCAGAGUCCAAAAUUUCAGAUGUAAGUCUGUCAAAAAAAGAGUCUGAUAAACCUGAAGCGGUAAUUAGUGUUGAGUCUGCAAGACAGUGUGAAGCCAAGCCAAAAGAAGGUGUCAAAGUCUCCAGUGAAGAUGUUCUACAAGGUGCCCCUCAAAGUUCAGACACAACAGUUGCAGAAAUUAGUGUUUCUGGAAAAACCACAGUGAAUCCAGUCAUCAUAUUAGAAUCAACUGGAGGCACCGAGGCCAGACCGAAAAAGGCCACAGACAUCAGGAUAAAAGGAGACCCCAAAAUUUCUUCAAAGGAUGAGGCUGAUACUUCCCCUCAAAGCCGAGACAAAAAGUAUGUCACAAAGGAGAAAAUGUCCAGGAAGGCUGAAGGACAAAUUCCAGAAAAGAUGACAGCUGCAGAAAAGAAAGAGGCUGUCAAGCCAGAAGCAGCAAUUAUGAUGGAAUCUAUGGGAACCAGAGAGACCAGACCUGAAGAAUCCAAAGAUUCCAGCCCAAAAGAACUUGCUAAAGCCUCCAUCAAAGAUGUAAUUGAUGGUGCAAAGGCACCUGAAGUAAAGAUAUCAGCAUUGUCAGGAAGUGCAGGUGUAAGUCCAUCAAAGAAAGGUUCUGAUAAACCAGGAGCAGUAGUUAGUGUUGAGUCUGCAACAGAAGCCAAACCAAAAGAAGGUGUCAAAGUCUCCAAUGAAGCUGUUCUUAAAGGCACCCCUCAAAGUUCAGAGACAACAACUGCAGAAAUAAGUGUGUCUGGAAAACCUCAAGUAAAGCCAGUCACAGUCAUCGCAUCAGAAUCAACUGGGCGGACCGAAGCUAGACCUAAAGUGGCCAAAGAGAGCAGGAUAACAAAAAAACCUAAAGUUUCUUCAACGGAAGAGUCCGGUACAUCAUCUCAAUACCAAGAUCCCAAAGAGAAAAAAGAUUUAACUGUCACAGAAACAGCAAAGGUGUUAACUACAGAAAUCAUUGAUGGUGCAAUCAAGCAACUGGAGGAAAACUCUGAUACAACUGAGAAGAUCCCCAAAUCACCUGAAGGAGAUGCCGAAGCUGUGGUUAAAGGUGAGCGUGUGAAACGUCCUCUGGUUCAGCCUGAAGAGGCAAAAGUUUCCAAAGUCUCCACAAAAGGUGAGCCUGAAAUCGCACCACUCCUUGAAAAGUCUGUUGCAGUUGAGAAAAGCUCCAAGAAGCCUGAAGCAGAAAUCAGCUCAUCUGAGAAAGACUCUUCAAGACCAGAGACGGUAAUUACACAAGAGGACUUGAAACCUCCAGAGGCCGAAGCUGUUGUCAAGAAAGAAAAGGUUUCAUCAAGUAAGAGAAAGCCACAAGGUCCCAAAGGUUCUCCAAAACCUUCUACAAGUGAUCUGGCAAAGACCAGUGAGGAAGAUGUAUAUGACAAGAUCUCAGAACCAAUCAGUGCUGAAAGUUUGGGUGAAAAGAUUGUGACAACUGAGAGAGUUCCCAAGACUUCAAAGGCAAAAGAAAAAACUGUUGAAUACAUUAAACAUCCUGCAGCUCCUCCCGAAGAGCUCAAAGAGUUCACCUUGAAAGAAGGUACAGAAGUCCCAACAGCAGAUGUGCUUGAUAGUUCAGCCAACGAAAAGUUUGUCACUGAGAAGAAAAUCCCCAAAGCACCAGAAGUACGUAUCAUCCAGCUGGACAUGCCGAGCACUGCAGAAGAGACUGGUGGAGACUUGAUGAGAGUGAUCAAUGUGCCUCAGACGAGUGAUACUGGAGUGGAAGCGCACAUCAGCAUUGAAAGCAAAGACGAAGCAUGUUUGAGUGAAUCCGCUCAACCGGUGUCAACUUUCUUUGCAGAAGGGCAGCCAGGUAAUACAGAGACAGGGACUGCAGAGGAUUGGAUGUGGAAACCAGCAGCAGUGAUUAGCCUGGAAAUCAUGAACAGUACUAAUGCUACACCUGGAGAGGUGCAAAACCUUGACAUGGAUGUGUUAGAUGGGGCACCUCGGAGACUGGAUGAAAGGCAUGUCAGAGCUGAAUCCUACAUUCCAGCAGAGACGACAGUGACAGAGAUAAGUGUGUUUGAGAAUGACAGUGAUCAACCAGAGGCAAUCAUUAUUCUGGAAGAUGUGGGAACCAGAGAGGAUGGAGAGAAAAUCAGCCUGAAACAAGAUUCCAAAGUCUCCUCUGAAGUCAAGCUUGAUGCUUCACCUGAAAGUCAGACUGAAAAGUUUGCCAUUAAAGAGAAAAUCCCCCGAAUGGCUGGACCUCUUCCGGAAAGGACAACAACUGUAGAAAAGAAAGAGGCUGUGAAACCACAAGCAACAAUUAUGGUGGAAUCUAUUGAAACCAGAGAGACUAAACCUGAUGGAUCCAAAGAUUCCAGCUCACAAGAGCAUGCCAAAGCCUCCCCCAAAGAUGUAGUUUUUGGUGCAACGACAUCUGAAGAAAAAAUAACAGCAUUGUCAGGAAGUGCAGGUGUAAGUCCAUCAAAGAAAGCUUAUGAUCAACCAGAAGCCGUAAUUACUGUUGAUUCUGCAAAACAACCUGAAGCCAAACCAAAAGAUGCCAAAGUCUUCAGCGAAGACCCCAAGGUUUCUUCAAGAGAUGAGUCUGAUACUUCACCUCAAAGCCGAGACGAAACAUUUGUCUCAAAGGAUAAGAUCUCCAAGAGGCCUGAAGGACAACUUCCAGAAAAGGCGACAGCCGCAGAAAAGAAAGUGGCUGUCAAACCAGAGUCAACAAUUAUGGCAGAAUCUUUGGGAACCAGAGAGACCAGACCUGAAGGAUCCAAAGAUUCCAGCCCAGAAGUAGGUGCCAAAGCCUUCACUAAAGAUGUAAUUGAUGGCGCAAAGGCUCCCGAAGAAAAGAUACCAGCAUUGUCAGGAGGUGCAGGUUUAAGUCCAUCAAAGAAAGGUUCUGCUAAACCAGAAGGGGUAGUUAGUGUUGAGUCUGCAAAAGAAGCCAAACCAAAAGAAGGUGUCAACGUCUCCAGUGAAACUGUUCUUAAAGGUGCCCCUCAAAGUUCAGAGACAAAAACUGCAGAACUGAGUGUGUCUGGAAAACCUUCAGUAAACCCAGUCACAGUCAUCACAUUAGAAUCAACUGAAAGCCUCGAUGCUAGACCUAAAAAGACUGAAGUAAUCAGGCCUAAAGAAGACCCCAAAGUAUCUUCAAAAGAUGAGUCUGAUACUUCACUUGAAAGCCGAGGCGAAAUGUUGGUCACAAAGGAGAAAAUGUCCAAGAAGACUGAAGGUCGACUUCCAGAAAAGGUGACAGCUGCUGAAAAGAAACAGACUGUCAAACCAGUUGCAACAAUUAUGGCGGAGUCUGUGGGAACCAAACCUGAAGGGUCCAAAGAUUCCAGCCCAAAAGAGGUUGCCAGAGUCUCCACCAAAGAUGUAACUGAUGGUGCAAAAGUAAAGAUACCCGCAGGGUCAGGAACUGCAGGUGUAAGUCCUUCAAAGAAAGGUUCUGAUAAGCCAGAAGCAGCAAUUAGUGUUGAGUCUGCAAAAGAGUAUGAUGACAAAGUCCCCAUUGAAGGGAUUCUUGGCCAGGUAGAGAGUUCAGAGACAAAAACUGCAGAACUGAGUGUGUCUGGAAAACCUUCAGUAAACCCAGUCACAGUCAUCACAUUAGAAUCAACUGAAAGCCUCGAUGCCAGACCUAAAAAGACUGAAGUAAUCAGGCCUAAAGAAGACCCCAAAGUAUCUUCAAAAGAUGAGUCUGAUACUUUACUUGAAAGCCGAGGUGAAAUGUUUGUCACAAAGGAGAAAAUGUCCAAGAAGACUGAAGGUCGACUUCCAGAAAAGGUGACAGCUGCUGAAAAGAAACAGACUGUCAAACCAGAUGCAACAAUUAUGGCGGAGUCUGUGGGAACCAAACCUGAAGGGUCCAAAGAUUCCAGCCCAAAAGAGGUUGCCAGAGUCUCCACCAAAGAUGUAACUGAUGGUGCAAAAGUAAAGAUACCCGCAGGGUCAGGAACUGCAGGUGUAAGUCCUUCAAAGAAAGGUUCUGAUAAGCCAGAAGCAGCAAUUAGUGUUGAGUCUGCAAAAGAGUAUGAUGACAAAGUCCCCAUUGAAGGGAUUCUUGGCCAGGUAGAGAGUUCAGAGACAAAAACUGCAGAACUGAGUGUGUCUGGAAAACCUUCAAUUCCCAAGGUGCGUCAGGGAAACAUUCUCGAAAAGACGGUAAUUACAGAAAUUAAGUUAUCUGAAAAAGAUCCAGUUAAACCAGAAUCUGGAGUUCCAGUAGACCAGUUGAGCACCACAGAGGAAAGACCGAAGGAGGCCAAAGAGUCCAUCUCAACGGCUGAAAGCAAGUCCAUCGUGACGAAGAAAGUCCACAAGACACCUGAAGUGUCUGUCCCUGAACCAAGCGAGAAACAAGCUGGAAAACCAGGAACUGUCAUUUCACCACAACAGGUGGAAACUUCUGGGGUGAAAGACUCCAGUCGGGCAGGAGGUGCAACAGUCCCAAAGGUGAAGGAUGGAGCAGAAACUUCAAGAAAGAAAGGAGCUGAAGGAGACGCCAGAGCUGGUCAACCGUCCCAGCCGACGAUGUCAGCCUCCACCGGUCAGCCAAAGCCACAGGGGAUUCACGGUUCAUCAGCUGAAGUGAUCUCAAGCAGAGUACCAAUAUACCGGGAGGGUCCGUCCUCUCAGGGAGCAGGAGGAGGCGCGAGCAGCGAGGAACCAGACGGAGCCGCCAUGAGGAGUGUCUUCACCGAGAUCCAGCAGCUGACGGGUUCAGGACCCGACAGUCAACUGUUGGAGGGUGAAGCAGAGCAGGACGAUCCGGCGGCUCUCAUUGCUGCCAGCAGUGAUUCCGAUGCUCCCCUGAGUCGACUCGUAUCUAAACUCCUGAGCUGCAGGAGCCGCCCGGCGGAGCGGAGCCCAGCGGCCAUGGCCCGGCAGGUGGAGGAGGUUAAGGAGUGCCGAGAGGCCGCCCUGGCCCAGGUGUCCCUGCUGUCCCAGGUGAGCGGCGCCGACGCCGACCAGCGAGCCGCUCUGGACCACGCCGAGGAUCGGUGGAGCGUCGCUGCUCACGAUGCCGCCGCCGUGCUCCAGAGCAAAGAGGCCGAGCUGCGCCUGGUCAGAGAUUACUGCAAACAGGUGGAGGCAGUCAGGACGGCUCUGCAGACGCACAGCGCAGGACUGGAGCCAAGCCCGACGUCUCCGCCGGAGAGCAGCUCCGAGCAGGCGGAGCGUCUCAGCUCCUUACAGAAAGACAUGGACCAGAGCAAAGCAGCCCUGAGCGAGCUGCUGGCGACUCACACCCGGCUGUGUCCGCUGCUCAGCCAGUCUGACCGGGCCAACGCUCACACCGAGCACGGCGACCUGCAGGAACAGUGGAGAGCCCUGGAAAGAGCCGUGGAGAGCGCCCUACAUCACGCCAACGCCCGCUCUCGGGCGACGAGCGACCUCCUCACGGAGCUGUCGGCUCUGCAGAAACGAUUGGAAACCGUCGGCGAAGGCCUGGGAGACGAGGCUCCUUUAGGAACUCAGUGGGAUUGCAAGAAGGCGCAGCAGCUGAUGGAGGCCAACGCCGAGGUCAAAGCGGCGCAGCAGCAGUUCGCUCACCUCCAGCAGCAGGCCGACUCACUGCUCCUCGGCUCGCAGUCAGAGACGGAAACAAAGCAGAUCCAGGAGGAGCUCCAGAGGGUCAAGGACAAACUCAGCCGCACGGAGGAGCUUGUUUCCUCCCAGACGGUGAACAGCAGCAACCCCAUCAUGGAGAAGAUGAUGGCGGUGAUGAGGGACGGCCUCGCCUGGGCCAAGCAGACAGAGAGCGACAUCGAGGGCCGGAGGAAGAAGGUGGCUCUCCUCCCCGAGGAGGUCCAUCGGCAGCUCAGAGAUCUGAAGAAGCUGCAGUCGGAGGUGAUGGCCAAACAGGGCCAGCUGGAGUCCCUGGUGGAGGAGGCGGCGGAGCUGCUGCCACAGCUGGACCAGGCGGAGGAAGUGCCCAUGGUGCAGGCUUCUCUCCGAAGUCUGGAAGAACUCUCAAAGUCCACCGCCGAGAAGCUCUCCAAGGCUGUGAAAGAGACGGAGUCGGGACUGCAGACCAGAGAAAUGCUGUCCCAGCAGAUGGCCGACAUGGACUGCUGGGUGGGGGCUUAUCUGAACCGGGAAGCCUCCAGAAUUCCCGACAGCGAGUUCCGAAGUCCCACCGAGCUGGAACGCAGAACUAGCCAGAUUCAGGAAACGCUGUCCGAGGCCGAGAAGCAGGCGGCGGCAUGCAGUGCUCUUCUGUCAACGAGUAAAGACAUCGCCUCUGAACUCAGCGACAGAGAGACCCGGCAGCUCUUUGACAAGCUGUCCAACCUGCAGGAGGACAUCCAGGACAUCACCGAGUGCGAGAAGGCCAACCAGAAGGAGCUGGAGGAGCUCAUCCAGACGGUCGAAACUAGCAAGCAAAGCCUGGACAGUCUGGAGGCCGGCCUGAGGCAGAUGCUAGUAGAUCUGAGCAAACACAGGUUCCCCGUCACAACAGAGUCCGUUCAGGCCUUGGAGCCUCUCAAAGACACGAUCAUGGAGAGCAAGAACCAGGUUGACCUGCUGCCACCCUGGACUCCCCAGGAGAAGAAAAGAGAACUGUACUCAAUCAUUUCCGAAAUUCACAGCAAAAUUUCCACCCUGGAAAUGACAGCAAAAGACCAGGAGAGAUACCUGAACAUGAGGCAGAGGGUGGAGGACCUCAGAGACAGCAUCCAGGAACAGGUUCUCCAGACCAAAGACGAGAGCCGGGGCGUGGAGGAGAGGUUCAAGAUGUGCCAGUCUCUGUUUGUCCAGGUUCCUCUGGUGAAGGAGCUGUGUGAGGAGGCUGGUUCCAACCUGCAGGUGAUCUCUGCAGACCUCUACCCUUCACAGCUCAACAUGGAGCAGCAGAGGCUGAAACAGAACAAGGAGAGCCUCGACGCCCUGGAGCUGACGCUCACCGACAACUUCAAGACCAUGGAGCCGAAGCUCCUGCAGGAAGUGGACCUGGAGUCGGAGAAGAAGGCCACUCGGGCCUUCCUCCACCGGGCCCAGCAGGAGCUUCAGACGCUCCCCGUGCUGGAUCCAAGUGAGGCGGCCAUCUGCAAAGAACACCGCAGAAGGAUGUCUCUGAAGAAGAUGGUUGAGACACGAAUCAAGGCUCUGGAGGUUCUGCAGCAGAAGGGAGACCAAGAAGAACCAGAACACGAGCCUCUAACAGAUCUGAAGGAUGAGAUUCUCAAAGAAUGUGACACUCAAAUGGAGAACAUCUCCCAGGCCAGGGAGUCCCUGAGGAGCUACACCGCUGUGGUUAAAGACGCGGCCCAGUUCCUGAAAGGGGUGGAAGCCUCUCUGCUGCCCCCUCAUGGCUCCUCUGGACCCUGCAGUGAGAGCGUGGAGAGGACCCAGCAGGCUCUGUCUGCCCUGCAGCAGCAGUUCCAGACCCACGUGGAGAAGCUCCAGAACCAGGGCGCCCUGCAUCCGUACCUAUCCCCACAGAAGGUGGAGCAGCUGCAGGAGAACAUCCUGAGCCAGCUCCUGGUCCGGAUGUCCACUCUUCAGGCGAAGGGACACGUCCAGCUGGAGGCUCUCAACAGAUAUGCAGAACUGCAGAAGAAAUACACCAAGAGCCAGGAUGAACUCAUCCACGGAGUGAAGGUCGCCGAGAAGAAGCUCGUCCAGCUCAUCUCUCAGAAAGUCAGCAGUCUGGGUGACUGUGUUGACCAGGAGGCCAAGCUGAAGGCUCUGUGUGAGGAGGUGGACUCCCUGCUGGGCCGUCUGGAGGAGCUGAAGGAGUGGCGCCCGGAGCCCAGCUGUCGAGGGGAGAGGGAGGCCGCCGUGACGGCCAUCCACAGGCGGAUAUCCAGAUUACCCCAACUGACGCAAAAGCUGAUGGCACGCAGCAAACAGAGGGUCGCGGAAUGGAAAGACAUCUCCACCAGUGUGGAGCAGGCCUCCGCCCUCCUGGACCAGGUGGAGGCGGAGCUCCCGGACAGCUCCAAGGUGAAGGGCCCCACCGACGAGCUGCAGGACCUGCUGCAGUCCUGGGAACAGUACCAGGACCGGCUGGACUGCGAGCACCGAGCCCUGUCUGCUCUGGAGCUGCGAGCCGCCCGGGUGCUGGGAGUCCCCGCCCACCUGGAGAAGGCUCCGCCCACUCCGCUGUGCCAGCAGCUGCAGGUGAUGCAGGACCGCUACGGCAGUGUGACUCAGAGGAGCAGGGAGGGUCUGCAGGAGGCCCGGGUGGAGGUGGAGGACCGGGAGCGUGUCCGCGAGGAGCUGCAGGGGGUCCAGACGUGGCUGCAGGAUGCAGGAGUCCGUCUGUCCAGGAUGAAGGAGAGCAGCAGCUCCCAGGAUCUGCAGCUCUACAGCCAGCUGUGUACCCACAAGGCCUUGCUGCAGCGCAUCGCCGAGCGCCUCAGCAAGAAGUACUCGGACAUGAAGACCAAGCUGCCGCCGGAGGUCCAGGCUCAGGUGCAGGAAGCCACCAAGAUGCUGAUGGACGUGGAAGCAAAGGUGGGGGUGGUGGUGGAGGACAGCGGCCCGGUCCACAAACUGGGGGCGAAGCUGUCCGAGAUCCAGGCUGGUCUGGGAUCGGUUCAGAAGAGGCUGGAACAGAGGAGCCCCAACAUGAUCGAAGCCAAGGUCACUCAGAAGCGGGUCUGGGACGAGCUGGAUCAGUGGCACUCCCAGCUGGCGGCCCUGGAGGUGAAGCUGCAGGACCUGGACCGGCCCGAGGAGGCGCUGUCGCUCACGGAGAGGCUGGUGGAGGUGCAGGCGCUGCACUCGGUGCUGUCCAAGCAGGCGGAGCAGAGGACCACCCUCAUCAGCAAGGUCCACUCGUGGCUGCAGCAGCACCAGGAGAUGAUCAGCAGCUCUCAGAGUUGGAUGAAGGAGGCUCAGUCGUGGCUGGCCUCGCCCUGCGUCUACACCACGGCCAAGUGUCUGAGCAGCCACGUGCAGGCGCUGCAGACGGUGCUGGACGACUCGGCUCAGAUCCGCGGCACGCUGCAGGGCUUCGGCUCCGUCCUGACGGAGAUGUCCCAGCUGUGCGACGUGACGGCGCUGCAGGAGGCGCUGCUGGAGGCCGACGGCGAGGUUUCCAGGGUGCAGCAGAGCUUCACGGCUCCUCUGUCGCAGCUGGAGCACGCCGCCGCCGAGGUGGAGGCCAUCGAGACCGAGGUGAGGCGGAUGGAGAGCGACGUGGACGACAUCAGGACGCUACUGUCGUCUCCCGAGACGCUGCCCAGUCCGAAGGAGGAGCGGCUGAAGGAGAUCGAGCAGAGGAUCCAGUCCAUGAGGAGGACGGUGGCUGAGAUCCAGAAGUGUAAACCUGGCCUGGACCUCCCGGAGCGAGCCGAGGAGACGCUGAGUGUUUUCUGUGUGGUGGAUCAGCUGCAGACUCUGCUGCUGGAGCUGGAGAAGAAGAUUCCAGCUUUCUUCAUCCAGCAGCCUCCGACUCCGGUUCAGGAGAAAGCGGUUUCCCUCAAACAGGCUGUGGCGAGUCCUGACACACACACCCAGGAGGAGACGGAGGAUCCGGGUCAUAUCAGGAUCGUCCACGUGGAACAAGACGUCCUGAAGAGGUCUGGAGCCGCCCUGCGCACCGUGGAGCACUCGUCCCCCGAGCAGAGACGGACCGGGACCCAGAGUGGCUCCCAGACCGGCUCCCAGAGCGGGGCCCGAACCGAUUCCCAGACCGGCUCCCAGAGCGGGGCCCGAACCGAUUCCCAGACCGGCCCCCAGACCGGCUCCCGAACGGGCUCCCAGACCAGCUCCCGAACGGGCCCCCAGACCGGCUCCCGAACGGGCUCCCAGACCGGCUCCCGAACCGGCUCCCAGACCGGCUCCCGAACCGGCUCCCAGAGCGGGGCCCGAACCGAUUCCCAGACCGGCCCCCAGACCGGCCCCCAGACCGGCCCCCAGACCGGCCCCCAGAUCGGCCCGCAGACCGGCCCCCAGGGCAGUUCCCAGACCAGGACCCAGACCAGGACCCCUGCAGACCCUCAGCAGAGGGAGCGUCAGGGCGGGCUGCAGGCCGAGGAGGCCGCGGGAGGAGGAGGUGUGUUGUGGUGGCUCUGGGAUGCUUUCCUUGGCGCCUCGCCAGAGGUGCAGCUGGAUCCUUCAUCUGAGAACGAACCGAGACCCCAACAACCUGCGGAAGGAACCAAGGAUGUUGAGGGCUCCAGCACAGACCCCCAACCAGCUGCAGAGUCGGCCGGAGCGUUUUCUAGACCUCCAGACUCGGCCUCGGGCACCGCUCAGUCCCAGCUCGGGAGCGUGGCAAACACGGCCUCCGUCAAAGGCUCCAAACCCGACUCGGCCUCCCAGCAGAAAUGUGUACGGGUGCAGCGGGAGGUGGAGCUGCCAGCUGCUCUUCACACGGGAAACUGGCUGUGUGAACCAGGUCACACACACCUGCCCAGGUGGACUCUGCCUCCCCCCAUUACAUCAGAGGACUCGCCGGCCCUCUGGUCGGACCCCCGGCCCAUGGACAUGGUCCACAGACUGGAGCAGGAGCUGCAGGCCGCCCGGCGGAGCCUGGAGACUGCUCGAGGAAUGGCAGACAUGCAGCGCCAGGUGGAGCAGCAGCUGCUCUCCUGUCAGGAGAUGUUUGUGGAGCUCGACAAGAAGGUGACCGGCCUGACGGCACCUCGGGCCACGGAGCAGCAGCAGGAGGGAGUCGAACCGGGCGCCGAGGCACACCAGCAGCAGGACGGGGUCGAACCGGGCGCCGUGGCACACCAGCAGCAGGACGGGGUCGAACCGGGCGCCAUGGCACAGCGGCAGCAGCAGGACGGGGUCGAACCGGGCGCCGUGGCACAGCGGCAGCGGCAGGAGGAGGCUGAACAUCUGGCCUCCAGACUGAAGCUCCUGAGGGCGGAGCUGGUGUCGCUCCAGCAGCUGCUGCAGGACGGACAGGAGGAGCAGCAGCAGACGUCAGUGCCACAGGCAGAGCGCCCCCUGGAGUCCAGUCUGCGGCGCAGCAGCAGCGUCCAGGAGCUCUUCUCCUCUCCCAGAAACAAACUGCUCAGACAGAGCAGCCUGAAGCAGCAGAAGGAGUUGGAGCUGCAGCUGACGGAGCAGAGGGUUUUGACUCAGGCCAUCGCCCGACACGGCGGCCGAGCUCGACACGUCAGCCGCGAGGAGCCGGACGACCCUGGCCCGCCGCCGCCGUCACCAAGGCUUCCCGCUGAGGCUGAUGCGCGGGACGGCGCCGCUCCGGAGAAGUGGGCCGGCCUCCACAGCCGGCUGCUGGAUCUGGAGGAGCGCUGGCUGCUUCCCGCCUCCCAGGUGACAGACUCAUCUGCGAGGCGCAGUGAUGGAACAGCGGGACGCCCCAUUGUGGCAGAAAUCCUGAGCGAGCUGCAGAGCUGCACGAGCCGUCUGAGGGAGCUGGGAGAGCGCCGGGUGAUGCCGUGUCCAGCAGAGGGCGACCUCCAGCCUUCAGAGGAGACUCUGUUUCACGUCCUGUCUGGAGCGUCUCUGUCUCUGUCCUCCAUGUCUGACCUGCUGCUCUCACCGCUGAGUGAAGAAGACCUGCAGCUGGGACUGAUGCAGAGUCUGUCAGCGGAGCUGGACUUUCUGGGCUCGGAGCUGUCCUCUCAGGGGUCAAAGGUCGGCGGCGAACUGAGCAGUGUGUGUGUGCAGCAGUGUGUUGAGCACCUGAGCAGGGUGGUGACUGCGGUGAAGACCACCCUGACCAGCAGAGGGAGCAAGACCCAGAACCUGCAGGAGGCUUCUUCACACGCACAGGACGAGCUGGACUCUCAGCCAGCGGGGCUCCCGUCUCACAUUGAGGGCCCGAGGCCCAGUUUGAACCUGGAGCAGCUCCACCAGCGUCUGCUGGGCAGCCUGGCGGAUCUGAUCCGUCUGGGCUGGGAGCGCCUCCAGCGGGAGGAGCCGGUCCGGGAGGAGCCGGUCCGGGAGGAGCCGGUCCAGAAGGCCGGGCUCCAGAAGAGCCUGCAGAGCCACACGAGCUUCUUCCAGCGGCUGGACCGUCACUUCAGCGGCCUGCAGUACCUGGCCCUCAGAGCCCCGGGCGGCGCCUCCCGCUGGGUGGAGGCUGCACUGACGGAGCAGCAGGAGGAGCUGGAGCGUCUGCAGGAGGGAGCGCUGGACCGAGGAGCCCACAUGCUGGAAACGCUGCAGUCGUGGACUCGGUGGGAGGAGGACAGCGCUCGCUCCGACGCCCUGCUGAGACAGGCGGAGGCGUCGUUCCCUGCGGCGCCGCCAGAGGGCGACUCCGAGCGGCUCUCCGUCUGCCAGGGUCUGCUGGAGGACAACCGGGCUGCUUUCAGUCUCCUGCUGGAGGCGGGACGCCGGCUGGAGGAGGCGGGCUGUGGAGCGGUGGGCGUGGCCACCGCCAAGCUGGACGCUCGCUGGACGGCUGUGACCAAGAGGCUGGAGCUGGAACGCACCACCACGGAGAGGACGAGGACACUGAGGGACAGGUUUGUUCGGGACUCUGCUGCUCUGACUGACUGGAUGCUGAGAGCCAGAGAGUCCAUCAACACCUGGAGAGAGUUCAAAGGUCAGACGGACGGGCAGAGGGAGGCCUACCUGCAGGCUGUGGCCUUGUCCGCCGAGCUGGAGGAGAAAUCUGAGCUGAAGGUUUCAGUGAUGAGUUCUGCCGCUCAGCUGGAGCAGCUGAGGACGGCGGGACGAGACGCAGGAGGACAGACAGAGGACGAGUCCAGCCGCCUCCGGCAGCUGGAGCUGGAUUUCUCCGGGCUGCAGGCCGAGCUGCCCGCCGUCCGGCAGACGCUGCAGGAGCUGUGGAUGGACAGCCAGAGCCAGCAGGGGGCGCUGCGGGAGCUGCAGGCCUGGAUCGGAGCGGCUGAAUCCGGGCUGGAGGAGCGUCGCAGCGGGAUCGAGCAGAACCGCUUCUCCAGCAGCGAUCUGAGCCGGAUCCUCGGAUACUGCAAGGAGCGUCAGGUGGAGAUGUCUUCCCAUCAGGCCAUCCUGGACUUUGUGAACCAGCCGCUGCAGGCCUGCAGUACCGGGAGCGACCAGCAGAGGCGCUGCGAGCUGAACGGCUGGGCGGAGGAGCAGGGCGGGCUGAACCGGGCCUGGCUGGGCCUGCAGGCCGCCCUCAGCUGUCAGGUCCGGGACCUGGAGCAGGAGCUCAGGGCGCGGCUGGAGCGGGACGCCCGUCUGCAGCGGGUCAACAGCUGGAUCGCCGAGCAGAACGUCUGGAUGGGAGCGGCGGAGAGCGCCGGCAGCCGGGCGGAGCUGCAGAGGAGCGUCGACCGCUGUCAGGACCUGCAGGAGAAGAUCCAGCUGGAGGCUGCGGCUCUGCAGAGCCUGAGAGAGACGGACGGCUCAGACGUCCUCCAGCAGACCGACCCGGUCCCUGCAGGCUCUCACACGGCCGAGUCGCUGAAGCAGAAGCUGAGCGGCGAGCAGCAGCGGUGGAGCGGCGUGGAGAGCAGCCUGCAGGAGUGGAGCCUGAGAGCGGCGAGGACCUCCGUCACUCUGGACCUCUACGGCUGCCCGCAGAUCUGCCUGCAGGCGCACCGCCGCCUCCACGACAGGCUGCAGCUCCUCCAGCAGCAGCUCUCGGCUUCGGACUCGGAUCUGGACGGACUGUCUUCACUCGUCUCGUCUCUCAGAGGAAACGUCCGUCCUGCUGCGGCCGCCGUGCUGGACCGGAGGCUGCAGGGCGUCCGGAGCAGGUGGGCGGAGGUGUGUGUGUGUGUGUGUGAGCGCCUGCAGAGCUCCGCCUCGCUGCUCCAGACGUGGCAGCGUUUCGCCGACCGGGCCGCCGCGCUGUCUGAGCGGCUGCUGCGGCUGCGGGGCGAGGCGGCGGCCGUCCGCGGGGAGACGGGCGGCCUGGAGGACGCCGCGCGGCCCGGAGACGAGCACGAGCACGAGCACGAGCACGAGCACGCCGUGGCGAUCCUGCUGCAGGACUCCCAGGACCUGCAGCCCCACCUGGAGGAGGUGCUGCAGGCCUCCAAGCAGCUGAUUGGCCGCCUGGAGCCGCCGGCCGCCGCUCUGGUCCAAUGGGAGCGCCGGCUGCUGUCCCGGGGCGUCCUGCGGCUCCGGGAGCAGCUGGGCCAGAAGCUGGGUCGGCUGCAGGAGGACCUGCGCCACCUGCGGGGCUUCGGCGCCGAGCUGGACUCGCUGGAGGAGAAGCUGGAGGCGUGGAGGCAGCGGCUGGAGGCCGGCGCCGCUCAGCAGUCUGGCCUCCUGGAGCUCGGCGGUCUGUCUGCUGACCUGGAUGUUCUGAACGAGCUGAGCUGCGGCGGCCCGCCGCCGGGCGACGCCGCCGCCCGCCGCCUGCAGCGCCUCGGCCGCCGCUGCACCGAGACCGCCGCCCGGGCCCAGGAAGCCUGCAGUUGCAGGACGGAGGCGUCGCGGCUGCAGACCUUCGAGCAGAAGUGUGAGAGCUGGAUGGAGUUCCUGCAGAGGAUGGAGGGCCUGGCCGUGGACGUGUCCGGCUCCUACGUGGGCCUCCGGCAACAGCUGUGCACGCACAAGAGGUUCCAGGCCGAGCUCUCCAUCGGACACCAGAUCCUCCACUCCGUCAUCGCAGAGGCUCUGAAGCUGCUGCAGAAAGGAGAGGUGGAGGACAGGAGCGACUUCCUCCUGAAGCUGGCCCAGCUGCGGGAGCACUGGCAGGGGGCGGUGCAGCGCGCCGACCAGCGGCGCUCCCUGGUGGAGGGUCUGCUGCGGCACUGGCACCUGUACCGCCGCAGCCUCAGGAAGCUGCAGAGGUUCCUGGCCGACACCAAGACCCUGCUGCCCCCCGCCGGACCCCCCCACUGCAGCCUGACGCAGCUGCACCGCUCGCUGCAGGACCUCCAGCACACAGAGCUGCUGUUCCAGCGGAACCACAGCGGCUUCCUGCACACGCUGGAGGUGGGCCGCCAGCUGUUCUCCAUGGGCGACGAGGAGACGCAGAGCCGGCUGCAGGACGACCUGGCGGCGCUGGAGGACGAGUGGCGGCAGCUGCACGGCCUGCUGGGACGCCGGGUGGAGCUGACCCGGGGAGUCAUCCAGACGUGGGAGCGCUGCGAGGCCGGCCUCGCCCACGGCGCGCAGACGCUGCAGGAGGUGAAGACCAGGCUGAAGCAGCCGCUGCCAGAGAGCGACGAGGAGCUGCCGAGCGCCGAGCGCCUCAACCAGGAGAACGAGGACUCCCUGGAGGACUGGGCCCGGAGCCUGACGGAGCUGAGCGCCAUGAAGGCCGACCUGUCGCAGUACAUCAUGGCCGACGACGUGCUGCUGCUGCAGGAGCAGGUGGAGCAGCUGCACUGCCAGUGGGAGGAGCUCUGUCUCAAGGUUUCUCUGCGUAAACAGGAGAUCGCCGACCGGCUGAACGUGAUCAUCUUCAACGAGAAGAACAAGGAGCUGUGCGAGUGGCUGACGCAGAUGGAGAACAAUGGUGGCGCACAACUCCGACCUCACAUCGAGGAGAUGGUGGAGAAACUCAAGAAGGACUGCAUGGAGGAGAUCAACCUGUUCAGUGAGAAUAAAACCCACCUGAAGCAGCUCGGGGAGCAACUCAUCACCGCCAGCAACAAGACCAAGGAGACGGAGAUCAACGACAAGCUGAAGGACGUCAACGACCGCUGGCGCCACCUGUUCGACCACAUCGAGGCCAGUUACAGAGCUGGUCGUCAUGGAAGUGAAGGAGACGCUGCUCACGUGCAGCAGCUGGACAAGAACAUGAGCAACCUGCGGACAUGGCUGUCCCGCAUCGAGGCCGAGCUCGCCAAGCCCGUCGUCUACGACGUGUGUCACAGCGAGGAGAUCCAGAGGAAGCUGGCCGAGCAGCAGGAUCUGCAGCGGGACAUCGAGCAGCACACGGACAGCGUGGCGUCCGUCCUGAUGCUCUGCGACGUCCUGCUGCACGACGCCGAAGCCUGCGGCAGCGACUCGGAGAACGACUCCAUCCAGCAGACCCGCGCAGCCUGGACCCGCUGGAGGAACAUCUGCGCCAUGUCCAUGGAGCGCCGCAUGAGGAUCGAGGAGACGUGGCUGUGGUGUAAGUUCCUGGACGACUACUCUCGCUUCGAGGACUGGCUGAAGACGGCCGAGCUCACCGCCGCCAGCCCCGAGUCGGCCGACGUUCUCUACACCUGCGCCAAGGAGGAGCUCAAGAAGUUCGAGGGUUUCCAGCGCCAGGUUCUGGAGCGCCUCACUCAGCUGGAGCUCCUGAACAAACAGUCGCGUCUGGCCCGCGAGAACCGGACCGACGCCUCCAGCCGGCUGCGGGUUCUGGUCCAGGAGGGGAACUGGAGGUGGGACGUCCUGCAGAGGAGGGUGGGCUGCGUCCUGCGAGACUGAAAGCACUUCACGUCUCAGCGCGAAGACUUCGAGGGAACCCGGGAGGCGAUCCUGGUCUGGCUGACGGAGAUGGACCUGCAGCUCACCGACGUGGAGCAUUUCUCCGAGAGCGACAUCGAGGACAAGAUGAGGCAGCUCAACGGCUUCCAGCAGGAGAUCACCUCCAACACCAACAAGAUCGACGCCCUGAUCGUGUUCGGGGAGAACCUGAUCCAGAAGAGCGCCCCGCUGGACGCCGUGCUGAUCGAGGACGAGCUGGAGGAGCUGCACUCGUACUGCCAGGAGGUGUUCGGCCGCGUGGCGCGCUUCCACCAGCGGCUGGUCAGCCGGCGGGUUCUGGAGGAGGAGCCGGACGGCUCGGACCCGGAGCCCCCCCACCUCCCCGGCGGGGUGUCGUGGACGGAGACCACGGCGAGGAGGAGGACGAGGCGGAGGCGGAGGAAGGCGGAGGAGGAGGAGGACGCCCCGGCGGCGGGCCGGCCCGCCAUGUGCCACCUCCUGCCCCCGCCCCUGGAGCAGUCGGGCCGGGAGACCCCGUCAGCGUGGACUCCUCCCCUGGAGUGGGACCACACCGUGGACGUGGGGGGGUCGUCCUCGCACGAGGACGACGAGGACGCCCCCUUCUUCAGCGCGCUGUCAGUGAAGUCGGUGAACAGCUGGGAACAACUGCAGCAAGCUUCACUGGAGAGGAAGCCACUGCAGGGCUACGUGAAGCUCAUGUCGGAGUGCAGCGGCAGCAUCGACAGUGUGAAGCGAGUGAAGCUGAUCCUGAACGACGACGAGGAGCUGGAGGAGGCCGGCCUGACCGGCGGCGCAGAGGCCAAGCAGACCGGCUCAGGAGUGAUCGAGCGCUGGGAGCUGCUGCUCGCCCAGGAGUUCAGCGGCGACUCGGACGUCCGGCAGGACGUGGACCAGUGGGACAAGCUGAACUCUGACCUCUGCGCCGUGACCUCGUGGCUGGGCGGGGUGCUGCCGGAGCUGGAGGCGCUGCAGCGGAUCGCUCCGGCCAGCAGCGUCCGCCACAUCGAGGCCAACGUCCGGAAGCUCAAGGAGAUGCAGAGAAGCUUCAGCAGCUACAAGUGUCUGAUGAUCUGGAACCUGAGCAGCUGUCACUUCCUGCACGGCCCGCCGCCCGGAGCGCGGGAGCCGCGGGAGCUGCAGGAGCUGCAGGAGGCGCUGAGCUCGGCCAAUCAGAGCUGGACGCAGGCCUGCGGCGGCGUGGAGAGCUGGGAGCGGAAGCUGCAGGCGGCGCUGCUGCAGUGUCAGGAGUUCCACCAGACGCUGCACGACCUGCUGCUGUGGCUCGCCCAGGUGGAGAACGGGCUGCAGGACAUGAACGGCGGCGAGGCGGCGGCGACGCCGCGGUCCGUCCUGCUGCAGCGCCGACACACACUGACGACCCUCCAGGAGGAGCUCCAGGCCCGCCAGCAGCAGGUCUCGUCCCUGCAGGACAUUUCCUCCCAGCUGCUGCUGCUGGACGCCGGGGGAGACGACGGCCUGGAGGCCCGGGAGAAAGUCCACGUCAUCGGGAACAAACUGCAGCUGCUGCUGAGGAGGACGGCCGCCGAGCUGCAGGAGGUGACGGAGCUGCUGGCGCUGCUGGAGGCUCAGGCCGGGACGGAAACGGCUGACAGCUCCAGCAGCUCGCCUCUGCUCCACCUCCAGAGAAGGAGGAAUCUGCAGCAGACCAAGCAGCAGCUGAAAGGGUGGAGGCCGUGGCUCCGCCCCCCCGCCAGGCCCUUCCUGUCGCGGGUUCUGCGCGCCGCCUUCCCGCUGCACCUGCUGCUGCUGGUGCUGCUGCUGCUGGUGUGUCUGGUCCCGCUGUCGGACGACGCCUACAGCUGCACGCUGUCCAACAACUUCGCCCGCUCCUUCUACCCCAUGCUGCGCUACACCAACGGGCCUCCGCCCACGUGACGCCGCCGCCGCCCACAGACGGUGUGAAGAGAAGAAGCCAUAUCUCCGGGUUGUUCCGGAGGUUUUUCUACUGAAAUCUGCCAGCUGAAGUUCCUGCCCGAGAAACAAACUCUCCCUUUAUUUUCAUAAGUUUUGUAAAAAGCAGCACGUCGAUUAUUUUAACCUCCAGGUUUGACACUUAUUUAAUUUAACGUGAUGAAUUCUCCCUGACUUAUGCACGAUUUGUUUUACUUUUCCUGGUUUGGAGACUUUUGAAGUCUGUUAAUUAUUGAACACUUUUGUGUUUUACUGUUUUUCUGUUUCCUGAAAAUGAGAUUUAAAGGUGCAGUACGUCAUUUCAAUCCAAUCAAAGCUCUGAAGCUAGCAUCAAGCUAACCACUGCAGUUAGCUUUCUCCUACAGAUUGUAACUUUGAGCAUUUUUUCUGCAGCUGUUGCACAAACAUUGAAGAAACCAGUGAAGUGUGAAUGUACGAAGUCGUCUGAUCACUGAAUGUAGCCAGCCAAUCACAGAGCAGGAAACUCCUCCCAUGAAGUGUACAUAAUCCGAACCGGCCGACAGAACACAGAACAAACCAGCGUGUCAACUUUGUUUUAUUUUCUCUUAUUUAUGGGAUGUAAAGAUUGUCUUUUUUCCGAUUGGUUGAUAAUAAACCGUGUUUGCCAUGAUUCA